GCCUGUCAAGACAGCGAAGAAAUUCGCCAGAGAAGGAAAGAUGGCGAGAGGUGGCAGGAGCCUGAGAAAAGUCGCUGAGUGCAUUAAACAGUUACCUUCUACAGCCAGUCGGGAAAUACAGACGAGGAACAGCGUGAGAUAUCUGUCAUCAUGUGGGAUCCUGAUGACGCGGGUGCCUCCCCUGCUGGGUGCAGGCAUGCCGGGGCGUGGCGUCAUCCUUCCUGCCCGAAGCUUCUUCAACCUCACGGACUCCUUCUCCAAGAGGAAGGAGUACUCAGAGAGACGCAUCAUUGGGUAUUCCAUGCAGGAGAUAUAUGACGUAGUUGCUGGAGUGGAAAACUACCGCCUCUUUGUUCCCUGGUGUAAGAAAUCGGAUGUGGUGUUCCAGCGAUCUGGUUUCUGCAAGGCCAAACUAACUGUUGGCUUCCCUCCAGUGGUGGAGAACUACACCUCUCUCGUCACUACAGUACGCCCCCACCUGGUCAAGGCCUCCUGUUCAGAUGGUAAACUGUUCAACCACUUGGAGACAGUUUGGCGCUUCAGCCCUGGCCUGCCAGGUUACCCUCGGACCUGCACUGUGGAUUUUGCUAUCUCCUUCGAGUUUCGUUCCCUCCUCCACUCCCAGCUCGCUCACGUCUUCUUCGACGAGGUGGUGAAGCAGAUGGUUUCGGCGUUUGAACGUCGCGCCGGCAAGGUAUACGGCGCCGAGACGCCCAUCCCCCGUGAGCUCAUGUUCCACGAGGUUCACCACACAUAGCGCCGCCCCUGCUGCACAAACACAUAUGUACAGACUAACACAAUGCCCGACGCCGAUGCCAGGGAGAGAAAUGAGAGAGGAGAGAGUGUAGGGAGAAAGAGGAGACUACCUGUGUUCUACCUGAAAACUGCAGUGCCUUUCUCACGUCAAUGAAGUUCAUUCCCAACUAUUUCCUGUUGUAUGACUGAUGUGAAUCUACCAACUAAUUUUCACCUCAUUUCCAUGAUCAGAGCUUAAUCUGUGCCUGGCUGUGAAACUGAGUUCACAGGUUAUGAGUGUGAGGUGAAGCCACAGUGUCGCAGUGCCGUCGGUAAACAUCUGCUCGAACCACCGUUUUACUACCACGGAUGGUACAACUGCAAUAGACUUUCAUUUAAAAAGCUGCUGCAGGAAGACGCUGCACCAGUGUGUCUUCCAGAACAUGUUCCUACCAGUGUUUGCAGAGAAUCAUGUCCACUUUCGGGACAGUGAGACCACUUCUGUUGUGUUACAGAUGUGUGUCCCUCCCUUCUGCUCUCUUAUAGUUUUUAUUCAGCUCAUGGUGACAAGAACGAACACAGUAUAUUUUUUAUUCACGCUUUGUAAAUACAGUUCUGUCUUUUUAAUUGUGAACUCCAGAGCCGCAAGGACUAGUUGAUUGAUCGAUUUGUUGUUAAAGCACCUUGGACAAACUGGGAUGGACAUUUUCUCAAAUUUUCUUUAAUUGAAUAGACUAAAGGAUUAAUCGAUUAAUUGAGAAAAUAAUCAACAGAGUCACUGAUAAUGAAAAUACGGAUUAGUUGCAGCUCUGGUGAACUAUUUCUCUUUUUCUAUUUAUGUAAAACAGAGGAGAAACCAAAAAAAUCCUUUCUUUUGGAUACAAACAAAACAACGCAGAUGAGCCUGUUAAAAUAUAAGGAGCAUUCUAAAGACACCUUCCCCUUCAGCAGGUGCAGAACCUGAGGUGAAGACUAAAUCUUAUUAUUCAGUCAGUUUGGAUGAAGUUAAACAUGAAGUUCCUUUUCACUGCGACUGAGAUCACAUGCUGAUUAGAAAACAUUUAGAUUCUAAGUGAAGCUGCAGCAGCUGGUCAGAGGUGUCACACAGCUAAUCGGUUGUCCCAGGUCUACCCCCGUUACAUGUGCAGGUCCAUCUGUAAUCUGAAGGAUCCUUUACUUAACAGCACGCUUCCUCUAACAGCUGACCCACAUCUGAUCUGAGCCGGGAGCUCAGUGGAACAGGAUUAUACGGGACUCGGUCAGAGCUUGAUUCAGGUGUGAUGAAUAAGAAAGUACCUCCUGACUCUGCAUUUUCCAGAUGCCUCGUACUCACAAGUGGCGUGCAAAUCACUGCACUUCUUUCUCAGCAAUGAGGAAGUCGUGUUGGGAAGAGUUUAGAGCUGCAACAACCCUGAAGGUUAUUUUCUAAAUGAAUCGAUUUAAUCGUUCGUCUGUUUGGACUAUGAAAGGCUCGUGACAACAUGGCAUUCACAGUUUCUCAGAGGGCACAGUAAUCUUCUUCAGGAACAACAAACAUCACAUUUCAGAAGCUGGAACCAGAGGAAGUUUGGCAUUUUUACUUGAGAAUAGGUGCUGUUACUGCCAGUGCUCGUCUUGAUGAUGUGAUGAUACCAGCAGAAAAAACAAUCACAAUAAGACCAGGGUCCAAAUCGUGUUAAAACCUUGAUGCUUGUCUGUGAUGAGUUGAAUGUGGAGCCUUUUUUUAUUCACAAGACCACCUUUAACUGAACAUGAUAUAUUUUUGCAACAGAAUAUGAGUCAGAAAUUUUAAAUCUCAGUAAGAACUGUCCAAAGACGGCACCAUGAUUUUAAGGUUUCACGUCCACAGUCUCACCACAGACGAUCACAUUCUGUUAUUGGAAUUGUAAGAACAGAGGGCAGAGGCAGGUCAGACACUGUGUCACUGGACGUUUUGUAUACAGAGGACGUGUUGAAGCGACUGCAGACAGAUGUACUAAAUGUACUGUAUACUAUCAGGAAUACACACACCUUUCAAAGGGUGCUGAACUUUUAUUUUGCUUUAUUUCUCAGUGGGGGCGGUGUUUUUUUUUUGUCCUUAAUGUUACACUAUGCUCUCGUCAUAAUUAAGGGAGCGAUGCUGGACAUGAGAGUUGGUAAAUUAUACAGCAAAGGGUGUUUCCUUUUUUUUUUUUUUUUUUUUUUUGUUAAGUGUGCAAUAUGAGCAGUAUAAGUGUUAUAUUUAAAUGCAGCUAAACAAACGUGUAAACCCAUUGUCGUUAUAAGGGCCCAAACUGGCUGACCAGGCAGAGUCAAGGGCCUGUAUUUAUCAAACUUUAUGUAUUACAGUUAAAAAUGCUCUAAGAUUCCAACGUAGGAGGUGGCUGUUUAAUCACAUAUCUGUUAUGUUGAAUUUAUAAUUGUAAUUUUAAAAAAAAUGUAAUCUAAUCUAAAUGCC